CCCCUGCUUGUAUCUUAGAGGUUCAUGUGCCCCUAGAGAAUAAGUUAGUAUUAUAAUAUAAGCACACGAGCGACGACCUCGUGUAUCCGGCGUCUCUCGAUCUCCAGCUUAGAACAGAACUUUCUCGCCUUCGGAUCCGAUCCAUAUAUCCUGCUUGAGGGCCAUGAGGUCACCUUAAACCUCUUAUAGAAGUGUCUCCGGCAAUGAACGAAUACCUGCAAGCGUUGUGGUGGGUGGUUCGCAUGUUUAUUUGCCAGCGUGCGGACAGCGAAGACAAUCACGUCAAACAGUAUGGUACUGAUUGGAAAGAUCCGUUCUGGAGAUAUGAGCUCGAACACCCUGCCGACACCAUGGACGUUGGAUAUAUCAAAACGCAGCUCAAACGCCAACCCCAAGUAACUACUGACGACAUUUGGAUCGCUAACGAAGUCGACAUCCAACUACAUGAACCAUGGGAGGACGACAUUCUAUCUCAGUCAGAUGAAGCCGCAACUAUUCCAGUAGGGCCGGACACACAAGAUCUGAUGGAUGUGGAUCUGCAAGAUUUGAAUGAAGCAACACAAUCAACUUUGUCGGGAACAGAAGUUCAUAUAGCUCUUAGGAGCAAAGCCUCUUGGUUGUGGUUAUGGUUCAGUAAGCAACUCUUUCCUCGACGUCCUGCUACACAAAGGCUCUCAAUACGGUCCAAUUCUCGAGCCUCGUCGAUACUCGACCUCCUGAAACAAUUUUGGCUUGGCGGAGGGGGUUCCGGGACGAGUGAGGAGCAAUACUGCACUCUCGAAAAGAGCCAUGUAAACACUUCACUUGAAUUUUCCAUCGACGAUUGCUGUGAAUUGCGAAGUCUGUUGACUCGACAUCGCGCAUCGAGUCCGCUUUCACAACCACACACAAAAAGCUUACCAAUUCUACAACCAUCUUCUAUUCUCCUACGCUCAACAUCACCGCCAACAGUACGACCACGCAAAACCCACAAAAUGUCCAACCUGAACAGUGGCAACGUCUUCAUGGCGUUUGAGAACUUUCUCGCCUUGGGAUCGGAUCCUUACAUCGUGCUUCAGGGCCACGAAGCGACUUUGAACCUCCUACAGAAGUGUCUCCUGUUAGGAGCCAAAGUACAGCGCUUCCAGGAGGGCCCAAGGGUCUCGCCAUUUACCCCCAUGGCGACUGCACUGAACGCUGUUCGCUUAGCACUGCAGAUCGCCGUCAUGACUGAAGAAGUUCUCUAUCGCUUGAGCCUGGAGCCAUGGUUCUCGGUCCUGGUCGAAGUAUACCGCCAACAAAACAAGAUCGACUCCCCACUAAGUAUCGAAAAGAUACUCUCAGGGCACAUCUGUUGCUUGGACGUACACAGCAGCUUUCUGCUGGUCAAGGCGGUUCAGAUCUCAUACAAUUUGCCGGACCUCGACUUGGGCAUUAUCCAACUCAAAGACAACAUGACAAGCGCAUUUGUCUUCGGACAAGAUGGCCUCCAUGAUGCUCCUACCGCAUGGCUCCUCGCUGAAGGGGCACCGGGCACCCUUGUCUUCCAUGGCAUUGGCCCUGCUCCAGAACAGCAGGUGGAGGUCGUCGAACUGGAGACGGAUCAAAAAGGCGAUAGUGAGGAAGACAGUCCGGAGCGUACAAGCCCUGCCGCAAGCUCUACGCCGCGCAAGACAGCAACUCGCAUCAUUGCGCUACAGACUCCGCUUCCUGGAGAUCUAUCAGCAAAAGAAAUCAUCACAAACCAUCCCCGAAGUCUGCACUAUAUAAACCUGCUCAAGGUGUGCCUCGACUACGACAACAACGAGGUCUUCAAGGUCUUAGAAAAGCUUCCAAUGCUCCACCAAACAAAGGCCGGAAAGGAAAUGGAGAUGAAGAAGGCAUCAGGAGUUGUCAAACGGCUCAAAGUGGCCAUCGAGUGGCUAGAGAAGCUGUUCGAACUCACCAAGGGAGCUUUGAGGGGAACCUACGACCAAGCCAGGGUCGCCAACGGUCGUAAAGUAAGAUCAAACAAGGAGGCCGAAGAGGUCAGUGAUGCGGCCGAGGGUACCCUGAUCGUUGCCAUCAUGGCAUGGGUCAAACAGGGUGGCCCCAUGCCUGCCGGACUUACCGCUAGUGCUCAUCAACCUACUAGCACUGUCGCCGCCCCUGCAGCAACAGGUGAUGCACCUACAUCUCCUAUUUCACGCAACGCUACCCCUGCACGUCCCGCGCUCCCUCCUCAACCCUCUGCUGAGCCGCUUUCUAUCAACUACAACGCAGAUGCUGCCGCCGAGGCUGACGCUCUCGCCAUCUUCACACGCCAACCACGCCUCUACUACAACGAUAAUUACAACCACCAGUAG